GCCCCGCCCCGCCAGUCUCCGGGCCUGCGGCGGCGCUUGGCCGCGGUGCGGGCCCUCUCCCUCGGGCCGGAGCGGCGCGCCCAGGCUCUUGUAGAGCAAGAAGUGAAGUGAUUGUGAAAGUACAGCAGCAUUCUGCAGGACACUUCUUCAGCUGGGCUUCUUCAGCUGCAGGGAAAAAGUAAUCCAAGGUUGGAGCAUGUGGAUUUGACUUUCUGAAUCUAAAUUCUUCUUAUGUGGAUCAGCUUUCUAGUGAUGGUGAAACUGGAAGAAGACCACUCUAAGCAAACCCAGAAUGAAUCGGGUGCCAGGUGAUGCAGAAAAUGCUCACAGUAGCAGUGUGGAAUCCUGUCCUUCCUUGCGCGAUGUCCACUCCAUCAACCCAGUGCAGCUGAUGGCAAGGAUUGAGUCAUAUGAAGGCAGAGAGAAGAAAGGCAUAUCAGAUGUCAGAAGGACUUUCUGUUUGUUUGUUACAUUUGAUCUCUUAUUCAUAACCUUGCUGUGGAUAAUAGAAUUAAAUGUAAAAGGAGGCAUUGAGACUACCUUAGAGAAAGAAGUCCUACAAUAUGACUACUCUUCUUCAUAUUUUGAUAUAUUUCUACUGGCAGUCUUUCGAUUUAAGGUGUUAAUACUUGCAUAUGCAAUGUGCAGACUGCGCCAUUGGUGGGCAAUAGCUUUUACAACAGCAGUGACCAGUGCCUUUUUAUUAGCAAAAGUAAUUAUUUCAAAGCUGUUCUCACAAGGUGCUUUUGGCUACGUGUUGCCCAUCAUAUCCUUCAUAGUUGCCUGGAUUGAAACUUGGUUUUUGGACUUUAAAGUGUUACCGCAAGAAGCUGAAGAAGAAAACAGAUUUCUGAUAGCACAGGAUGCUUCUGAACGAGCAGCUCUUCUUCACCCAGGAGUCCUCUCUGAUGGGCAGUUCUACUCUCCUCCUGAAUCUGUAGCAGGAUCUGAUGAAGACUCUGAAGAAAAACAAGACAGUGAAAAACCAGUUGUGUAGCAAAUACAGAAAAGCAG